CAUAGCUCUGCUUGGCUGAAAGGAGGAGGAAUUGGCUGCGGGGAGGAGGCUCUAGCGAGGCCUGAAAGGCUGCGCAACCAGACAGGGGAGGAGGUUCGGAGUUCGGGGUUGGGGGCAGCCAGGGAGGGCGUCUGGUAUGUUGUUGGGGUCGUGAUCAACUGGGGACCGAGGCCGGCACUGUCCACCCAGCCAGGAAGCCUCGUCUUCGUUGGGCCUAAUUUCCAGCAGCCGAGUAGGCCUUACCAAAGGCUCCUUACCGUGCGGCCGCCUCAGAUUCCUACCUCUAUUCUCUGACUGGGAGAUGGCUUCCCCGAGCCCCCCGCCGGAGCCAAAGAGAGAUGGUAAAUCAUCUUGAGAAAAUUAGUAAUGCUUCAAAGUAGCUCUCUCAUCUGUGAGUUCCUCCAGGUGAGACACCGUUUUUGACCUUCUCCUAUGUCUUUUGCGCUGGCACGAUGCCCGGACCCAAGGAGGAGUGGGAUUAUCUGGACCCAGCUCAGAGAAGCCUGUAUAAAGAUGUCAUGAUGGAGAACUAUGGAAACCUGGUCUCACUGGAUGUUUUGAACAGAGAUAAGGAUGAUGAGCCAACUGUAAAACAAGAAAUUGAAGAAAUUGAGGAAGAAGUAGAACCACAGGGUGUAAUAGUUACAAGAAUCAAAAGCGAAAUUGACCAGGAUCCCAUGGGUAGAGAAACCUUUGAACUUGUUGGUAGGUUAGAUAAACAGAGAGGGAUCUUCUUAUGGGAAAUACCAAGGGAAUCUUUGACCCAGGAACAGAAAAUGUUCAGAGGAAACACCAACAUGAUCCGUAGGAGACCAAAUGCAGAGGAGAAAUGCCACAAAUGUGAAGAAUGUGGAAAGGGUUUUGUCCGCAAGGCCCAUUUCAUUCAACAUCAAAGGGUCCAUACUGGUGAGAAACCUUUUCAAUGCAAUGAAUGUGGGAAAAGUUUUAGUCGAAGUUCGUUUGUUAUUGAACAUCAGCGAAUUCACACUGGGGAAAGGCCCUAUGAGUGUAAUUACUGUGGAAAAACCUUUAGUGUCAGCUCAACCCUCAUUAGACAUCAGAGAAUCCACACUGGAGAAAGACCCUAUCAGUGUAAUCAGUGUAAACAGAGCUUCAGUCAGAGAAGGAGCCUUGUUAAACAUCAAAGGAUUCACACAGGUGAGAAACCGCAUAAAUGUAGUGACUGUGGAAAAGCCUUCAGUUGGAAGUCACACCUUAUUGAGCAUCAAAGAACUCACACUGGUGAGAAACCUUAUCACUGUACCAAAUGUAAGAAAAGCUUUAGUCGAAACUCAUUGCUUGUUGAGCAUCAAAGAAUUCACACUGGGGAAAGACCCCAUAAAUGUGGUGAAUGUGGGAAAGCCUUUAGAUUAAGUACAUACCUUAUACAACACCAAAAAAUUCACACAGGUGAGAAACCUUUUCUUUGUAUUGAAUGUGGAAAAAGCUUCAGUCGGAGCUCAUUCCUUAUUGAACAUCAGAGGAUCCAUACUGGUGAAAGACCUUAUCAGUGCAAAGAAUGUGGGAAAAGUUUCAGUCAACUUUGCAACCUUACUCGUCAUCAGAGAAUUCACACAGGAGACAAACCCCAUAAAUGUGAGGAAUGUGGAAAAGCCUUUAGUAGAAGCUCAGGUCUUAUUCAGCAUCAGAGAAUCCACACCAGGGAGAAGACUUAUCCAUAUAAUGAAACUAAGGAAAGUUUUGAUCCAAAUUGCAGUCUUGUUAUUCAGCAGGAGGUCUACCCUAAGGAAAAAUCUUAUAAAUGUGACGAAUGUGGGAAAACUUUUAGUGUUAGUGCUCAUCUUGUACAACAUCAAAGAAUCCACACUGGUGAAAAGCCCUACCUAUGUACUGUUUGUGGGAAAAGCUUUAGUCGGAGCUCAUUUCUUAUUGAACAUCAGCGAAUCCACACUGGUGAGAGACCCUAUCUGUGCAGACAGUGUGGCAAAAGCUUCAGUCAACUUUGUAAUCUUAUUAGACAUCAGGGUGUUCACACAGGUAAUAAGCCCCAUAAAUGUGAUGAAUGUGGGAAGGCCUUUAGCCGGAACUCUGGUCUUAUUCAGCAUCAGAGAAUACACACAGGAGAGAAACCUUAUAAGUGUGAGAAGUGUGACAAAAGUUUCAGUCAACAGCGCAGUCUUGUCAAUCAUCAGAAGAUCCAUGCAGAGGUGAAAACCCAAGAAACCCAUGAAUGUGAUGCUUGUGGUGAAGCCUUCAAUUGCCGCAUUUCUCUUAUUCAGCAUCAGAAAUUGCACACAGCAUGGAUGGAGUAAAUGUAGAGAAAUACACAAGCUCAAUUUUAUUUGAGACUAGCUACCCAAGUGCAGUUUUAGUACGACUCAACAUGGGUCAGACUUAGUGAUAGAUAAAACAAAUUCUCCUUGGCCUCAGGCAGAUGGUUUCUAAAGAUUCUGUGGAUAGUGGAAACUGCCCGUGGGCAAUCGACUUCUGUUUUGAUGAUCAUAGAAGGAAGACUUGGGAGUUUAUCUAAGCAUCCUUUAAUCUUUCAGCAGAGAGGUUAUACCCAAGUUUAGAGCAUGUGGGAAGUGCUCUGAGGAACAAAGUGAAUUAACAUAAGAGAGUUGGGAGCAGCUGAUGUCAGAAAACUAUAAAUAAUGAUGAGUCUUCUGUCACUAUCAUGGUGGUUCUUUCAGUUCCAUGAUAUGUUUGGCUAUGCAUGGUAAUUAAACAUAUAAAAGUUAUCAAAGAAAGCUCUGAUUUUUUAAAAACCAAUAUAGAAUACAGUUUGUCAUUAUUUAAGAAAGCCAGCUGUUAAGCAUGUGAGUUAAAGGCAGUUUCAAUGCCUUAUGGGUCCCAGAUCUAUGAAAUAAGUGGACCAUUAAUUUUACGUGUAAAGAUUACAUAAUUAACAAACCUAACAAAGGUGUUACCAAGGAACCUUUGGGAGUGCCUUUUUUUCCCCCCAGAUGGACCCCAAAAGAUGGAGGAAGACGCUGUUCUUUUGUGCCCUUCUCUCUGUGAAAGAAACUCUUAAUCCUAUAAGAAUAAGCUUAUUCCUCCACAACCAGGAGCAUGUAAAAGUGUAUAUAUUUUGAUUACCAAGAAUUGAAAAUAAAAAGACCUACAGUCUGCUAGGAAGCUGACAUAUUUUGGUAUUGCAUUGACUUUUAUGAUAACUAGAUUUUGCAUGCAAUUUAAAAAUUUUUAUUUCUGGUUCUAGGGCUUCCUUAGUUAAUGGUUAUUAUAAACCUGUUAAUUCAUCUGUUUUAAUCAUUAAAACCUGUUUUGUUUUGUUUUUUUGCUUUGUGUAA